GGUUAUUUCAAUCAUUUGUGUAGAAGCCCAAUUUCUAGCUGAGGACCUUCCAACAAUUGCAUCGAAUUGUCGCCCAGUCCACGAUCCAAUGGGCUGAACAAGGAGAAAUUAAAAUCAUGGCUUCCCGAGCAACCUGACAGCCGGAGCGAUCUUUGACCGUCUUCUUGAGUUCGUGAGGAAAUGAGUCAAACGUGAGCGAUGCUCGCUCGGGGCGGUUUAAGACCCGCGAAGUGCAGAGGGUAUGUAACUGUGUCCGGAAGAGCAGUCUGCUCCGUGCGCAGGUUUUGAAGGACAGGCGUGUACAGGGUGUGGAGGAGCUGGAGGGAGAGACGGGGAACUCACAGGAUCACCGAGCAACUGUAACUAACACUGCCUUUGAGAUAGACAUGGCGCCUUGUGCAGCCCGUCAGUUUCAGUCUGGGCUUUACUUUGUCCUGUCAGCCGCCGUGGCGAUCUCUUCUGCUUUUAACAUCGAUGUGACGAACCCCAUUAUUAAGAAGGGUCCAGCCGGCAGCUACUUCGGAUAUUCGGUGGCUUUGCAUCGACAGCUGAAAAACCAGGAUCGCUACCUGUUGCUCGUUGGUGCUCCUCACGCAGCAGGUCUCCCAGAUCAAUUGGCAAAUCGCACGGGAGCUUUAUUCUACUGCCCAGUUUCGCCAGAGCAGCAAGACUGUGAACGUGCCAAGUUUGAAAAACCAACUGAUCCACAAACAGAAAGCAAGGAGGACCAAUGGCUUGGAGUCACAGUGGCAAGUCAGGGACCCGGUGGGAAAGUGUUGGUAUGUGCACACCGGUAUGAGAAGAGACAACUGACCCCGCAGGAUGAGAAGAGGAUUUUGGUGGGUCGCUGCUUUGUCAUCAGUGACGACAUUGCCAUCAAUCCAGAUGAUGACUGGGAUACAUCUCCAGUGCAGUUCUGUGAAAAUGUGGGGAGUGACCAUCAGGGACUCCUAAUGUGUCAGCAAGGCAUGGCUGCAGGAUUCACACAGCCCAAUCACUAUGCAUAUUAUGGGGCACCAGGAGGCUGGAACUGGCAAGGAACCAUCCAGGUUGCGCAAAAGAACAUCACAUUUCUGGAGCUCAAUAUACUGGAAGAUGGCCCUUACCUGCUCCAGGAUUUAUCAUUGAGUCACAGCUACAUCGGAUACUCUCUCACCUCUGGAAAGCAGAUCACACAUAAAGAUAACUUCAGCUAUGUUGCAGGAGGCCCCCGCUAUAAUCACACAGGGGCAGUAUUUCUGCUUGAGCAAGGGAAAACAGAUAAACUGCAUAUAAAACACACCAUAACAGGACAUCAAACAGGGUCAUACUUUGGGAGUUCUGUGGCUGUUGCUGAUCUUGACAGUGACAGUUGGCAAGACCUUAUUGUUGGAGCUCCUCACUACUUUGACCACAGGAAGGAGAUAAGUGGCGCUGUGUAUAUUUAUAUGAAUGAGGCAGGGAAGUUCUCUGAAACACCAAGCCUGGUGUUGAAUGGUUCAUUAGGCUCCAUGUUUGGUCACACAGUCAGCAGCAUUGGAGACGUUAACCAAGAUGGAUUUCAAGAUAUCGGUAUUGGAGCUCCUUAUGAUGAUUAUGGUAAACUUUUUAUCUACCAUGGCGGAUCAAAAGGACUGGCUCCUAAACCUAGUCAGGUCAUUAGUGGAAAAAACCUGAAUAGUAUCAAGACAUUUGGAUACUCAAUCAGUGGAGGGCUUGAUGUCGACAAGAAUGGAUAUCCUGAUAUUCUAAUUGGAACGUUAUCUGACAAGGUCGUUUUACUGAGAUCUCGGCCAGUUAUUAAUAUAAAUGAAACUUUCAAAGUGACACCAAGCAUCAUUGAUCCUAAUAAUUGUACCAAAGAUUCUUGUAUCAUAGUGGAGGUUUGCUUCACAUACAUUGUGAGUACCGGAAAUAAAAAGUACAAUCGCAAAAUUGAUCUUGAGUACAGAUUGGAGGUUGAAAAAGAAAGACGCUCUCAUCCACGGGUUCUAUUUGUGGAGACAAAGAGUGUUACUUAUGAUGGGAUUUUCUCAAUGCCGAAAUCAAAAUGCCAUAGUAUUCAUCUGGGAUUGAUGGACCAGGUGCAGGAUAAACUUCAACCCAUCUUUAUCACUCUCAGUUACAACAUUGCCAGUAAAAGCAAACCAAUUCAAGGAAUGGCUGUUAUGAAUGAUUACCCCAUUUUGAAUGAACCACGUAAGGGCAAUAGCAUAAAAGAGAUACAUAUUCAGAAGGAAUGUGGGCAUGAUCGGAUCUGCAAAAGCAAUCUCCAAAUGAAAUACCAGUAUGGCAUGCUAAAGAGCAAUGAUGAUUUUCUUCCUAUCAAACGAAAGAAUGGCAAGCAAAUCUUGGAGUACAAUCCACAAAGCAACCCACGAGUCAAGCUUGUGUUGCAAGUAAAUAUUACAAAUGAAUCAACAGAUCUCAUUGGCGAGGACGCACACCAGGCCAUGCUGAACAUUACACUACCAGACACACUGUCGUAUGGUGGUGUUCGCUCGGAUAAAGUGAAAUGUGAUCCCAAGGGGAGUUCCACUUUGAUCUGUGAUUUAGGAAACCCUUUCAAAAAGGAUCAGCGCGCUGGAGUCAAUAUAAUCCUGGAAACGACAGGAAUAACUCUUCAUAUGAGAGAAAUCACUGUCGGACUCAAACUUUCAACGGAAAGUGUGCAAAAUGAUUUACAUUUAGUCGAGGCAUCAAUAUCCGUAGAAAUUCAACUACAAGUUAACCUAGUUCGAGCAGGAGAAAGCCUGCACACAUACUUCAGUGGUACAGUCAUGGGUGAGAGUGGAAUGAAAACAUUCGACGAUGUGGGAAGUCCUGUGAACUUUACGUUUCUGGUGAAUAAUCAUGGUGAGCCUUUGGGUGACUUAGGAAUACUUUACCUCAGCAUUAAUUGGCCAUAUGAAAUCAGUAAUGGGAAGUGGUUGCUGUACCUCACUGAAAUUGAAAUGACUGGAACAGAAGACCAAUACUGUACGCCAGGUGGGAAUAUCGUGAAUGAACUGAAUUUAAAGAUGAAUAAUCAAACAACACAGCCAGUACGAACGAAACGGGAUGUAGCACCUGCAGCUGCCAAAAAGCUCAGGAAAUCGACCACAGUGAAUAAAGGAAAAGGCGAUUUACAGUUAGAAUGCCGAAAGAAACACACAGCCCGGUGCAAGCGAUUCAAUUGUCUGCUACGCAACAUGACUAAAGGGGCCAAAAUUACGCUCCGAGCACGACUGUGGAAUAGCACCUUUCUUGAGGAAUUCAGGGACUACAGCCAGAUUUUUGUGCACCUGGAGGCUUCCUUGCACCUAAGGACAAAUAUUUCCACGAUCAAAAUGAAACAAUCAAAUGCAAGAGUAAUUCUCAAAAUUGAAUCCCAAAUUGAUGAAGAACCACCUUAUGUGAUCUCAGAAUGGGUCAUUGCAGUGGCUGUGCUGGCAGGAAUUGCACUGUUGAGUGUCAUAAUUCUCUUACUAUGGAAGUGUGGUUUCUUCAAGAGAGCGAACACACGAGCUAUGUAUGAAGCCAAGGAGCAAAAGGCUGAAAUCAAGACUCAGCCCUCAGAAACUAAGCGCCUUACUGAUAAUGACUAGUGCUGGUCAACCUCACCUCCUGCACUUUUUGUGUGGCUUCUUCAAGAGAACAAGAUACUAUAGAAGUAUGCCAAAGUAUCAUGCUGUGAAGAUCCGCAAAGAAGAACGCUACUUUAUCACAGAAGGCUUUACAAAUAAGACCCAGAAGAAGCAAUGGGUAACAAACUGGAAAGAAAAGGACAAGUACUAAUGAUUGCUUCUUUCUGAGUUUAUAAGGAGCCAUCCUGCUGUGUCCAAACACUUACCUGGCAAAUAUUACAGGAAACUUGACCUGUGUACAAACAUUUCUGUUCACAUUACAUUAGUUCUGUUUAUGAUAACUUAUGUUUCAGCUGCAUUCAGAAAAAAAUAUGAGAUAAAGUUUGUAAAGCACAGUGGGAACAACUUGGAAUCCUCAAUGCCUUUUGAAGUUCUUGUAUGAGCUACUGAUAGGUGCAGGAGCAUGGUUUUCCAGUAGGUUAGAUUAAGACUUCAAUGCACUGAAAUAUAGAGGGAAGGGGCUGGUCGGAGGGCUUGUAGAUUGGGGAGGGAGGUGGGUUGGAGUAAACAUAUUAAUUUACAAUAGGAACAGGACAGUAGUUACCACUUCAUGAGAAAAUUUCAUUGUGCUGAAUAUAUUGUUCUGUUAUAAUUUUAACUCUAGAACAAUAUGGGUUAAUAUUUAAUUUAUUGUGUUAAAAGGGAAGAUAGGUCCACUUGAAAUCGAGAUGUGGGUAGGGGUAUUUUGGUUGAAAAUCAGCUGAAGAGCUCUUGAAAGGGUUGCUCUCAGCCACAAUUUGUAUUCCCCAUCCCCACCCCCAAGAGCAUGAAUUCAGUUUAGAAGACAAAUGGGAGCAAAACAAAUUGCAUUCUGAUCAGCUUCUGCGUGUGCUGCUGGUAUUGCAUAUUAUCUCCUUUGUCCCACACUGAACCCCGUGAUAGAACUACUUACGAGAUAAUGUUACAGAUGUUCAGAGUUGAUGUGAGCUUUCCAUUUGUGCAGUGUCUACUGAAUAACAAUUGCAGAAGGUGUAUCAUUCUAUGACAUCGAUACACAACAACUAAAAGAAAGUGAGAGGUAAAGAUUGUUUACCAAUAUGUUUUCUGUACUUGCAAUGUCAAUCUUUUGGUUUCUCUAUUAUCUUUGAAAUAUGGUACUAUGUUUUUUUAAAUUCCAAUCCAUACAGUAGUAUUAAAGGUACAUACACCAAUGUGUUUUCAUGUUGACAGGAUAUUGGUGGAAAUGUGAUAUCUUUUAUCACUUCAGAUUGAGGUAGUAAUUGGAACUGUGGAUCCAUUAUUUGCCAUCCUGUUUGCUGCUUUGAAAAACAACUUAAUGUGAGGAAAGAAGGUGUCAGCCAGGUAUUCACUCUCUCCAGUUUACUUUGUAAAUUUGCAUGUAAUUGCAUAUAAAAGAUCCUUAUUUUUAAUGGAAAAGCUCUUAUGACAAAAUGAAAGUUCAUGCACUGAGAUCAAACCAAAACAUUUUUUUCUUGUUCACUUAAACAAUCAGAAUGUGUAUAUGUAUUUACACAUCCGUACAACAUCGCACUAGAGAAAGUGCAAGAAGAAAGCGAGCAGUUAGUGAUACCUUUAAUUUAAAAAAAUAAUAUAUACCUUGAAAACCUUAGAUUUAAAUUUAAGUGAGAGUUGAAGUGCCCUGUUGCUGACAUUUAUGUUAAACACUUAGCCGUUAAUGUAAUUCUCCAUAUUAUAUUUUAAAAAUAUAAAUAGAGGUUAGCAUCUCUUUUAAAGUACAGGACAUGUAGCUACUCCCAUUGUAGUAAUUAUGCAUUAUAAACUCUGUAUAAAAGACAAACAGAGUUUGUGAUUUGAUUCUUGGAGUAGCUAAAUUCUCCAAUAAAUGAAAAAUAAGUUGACUCUAAGACAAGAUUUUUUUCUUUAUCUUAGUUUAUCUGUUUAGAUUAUAGUGAUAUUGGGCAAAUUGCAACCAUACUAGAAUCUGUCUUGGUUAAUAAGUGCAGCUUGGUUCAGUCAGAAUAUAAGUUAUUGAAGAUUAAAAUAUAAAUUACUGCUUAGUACUGUGUUCAAUUCUGGACACCAUAAUUAAGGAAGAAUGUUAAAACUUUGAAAAGGACAUAAAAGAGAGUGGUACCAAGAAUGGAGAAAAUGGGAGAAAUGGUGUUAUUCUCCACUGACCAGAGAACAUUAAGGAGAUUUGAUAGAGGCGUUCAACAUCAUGGAUGAGUAUUAUAGACUAAUAAGAAAAAUUCAUCGGCAGACAAAAUCAGGAAACACAGAUAUAAGGUAACUAGUGAAAGAACUAGAUGCAAAAUAUAAGCUUCAUGCAGCAAGUUUCUGUGAUCCAGAAUGCAUAGUCUGAAAGGGUAAUGGAAGCAGAUUUGGUUAAUUACUACUGUGUUUUAUAUUCUUAACUGCUGAACAUUUAGCAAAUAAAUAAAUAUGUCACAGAACUAAGAAAUUCUUAUACUGUACUUAGAUUUGUAAAUAUUUGGCAUUCUAUUAUAUGGAUGUGGGGAUUCUGUUUUGCUACUGUAGUCUUUGUUGUAUCAAAUUGUAUUAAUACUGUAUAAAAUGUUUAUUACUGUUACUGAAAUUACUGAAAUGGGUAAUGUCUUUUUAAUAGUUUGUGCUACUGGAAUAUCUAAAUAAAAGUAUUUUUAUC